UCAUUGCCAUGUCUGACUGUCCGCCAUUUUGUGCUUGAAUUGAUUAUGCAGUCUUUUCGAACGUUUUUCAACGGUGCUACUUUUGUAUUUGUAUUGGUGGAAUCUAACUUCUAGUGUUUUUCAGUGGCUGGUUUUGUCAAAACAAACAAACGCGUGGGUGUCGAAGUUGACAAUUGACCCAUUGUUUUGUUUUCCGACCCUGUUGCCAAGAAAGUAUCUUUGGACAAUAUGCAUAGCCAUAGCCACCGAUAUGAAACAUCAUCAUAGGAUAAUAAGGUUUAUCAGGAGCGAGCUUCUCGGAUUUGACAUCCAGCGAUGGCAAGUUCAAUCGGGUGCAUACUGUUGUUGACACUUUGUGUUGUCCUCGUAGCUUUAGUUCAUGCACAGCAACAAAUAGGCUUCAUAAGCAUUGAUUGCGGGAGUAGUCCACCAAAUAAUGAGUACACAGAUGACAUAACUAAAAUAAGGUACACCACUGAUGGAGCCUAUAUACAAACUGGGGUUAAUAAGAAUAUCUCCUCUGAGUAUGCAUACCCAAAGAAUCCGAAUCUGCCACUACCACUCUCAGAUCUCAGAAGCUUUCCUCAGGGAGAAAGGAACUGCUAUAGGUUAGUAGCCGGAAGAAGAGGCAGUUUACAUUUGAUAAGGGCUUCCUUCUUGUAUGGAAACUAUGAUGGAGUAAACAAGCCACCAGAGUUUGAUCUCUAUGUUGAUGUCAAGUUUUGGUCAACAGUCAAAUUUAGAAAUGCCUCAGAAGAAGUUACUAUGGAAAUAAUAAGUGUGGCAGAAUCAGGUGUCACACAUGUUUGCCUUGUGAAUAAGGGAGCAGGAACUCCUUUUAUCUCAGGAUUGGAACUUAGACCACUUAAUAGUUCUAUUUAUAGCACUGAGUUUGGGGAAUCUGCUUCACUGUCACUUUUCAAACGAUGGGACAUUGGGUCACUCAAUGGAAGUGGUAGAUAUGAAGAUGAUAUUUAUGAUAGAAUAUGGUCCCCCUUCAAUUCCUCAUCCUGGGAAUCUGUCAGCACUUCCACACCAAUAAAUGUCAAUGAUGAUGGAUUUAGACCACCAUUUGAAGUCAUUAGAACUGCUGCUAGACCAAGGAAAGGCAGUGAUACUUUGGAAUUUUCUUGGACCCCAGAUGAUCCGAGUUGGAAAUUUUAUGUCUACUUGUACUUUGCUGAAGUGGAACAGCUGGAGAAAACCCAACUGAGGAAAUUCAAUAUAUCUUGGAAUGGAUCUCCAUUGUUUGAUGAUUCUCUAGUACCGCGCCACUUGUUUGCAACCACUCUUUCCAAUUCAAAAUCCUUGGUAGCAAAUGAACAUAGGAUUUCUAUCCACAAAACAAAAGAUUCAACGCUUCCACCCAUUCUUAAUGCAGUUGAGAUUUUCGUAGCAAGACAGCUAGAUGCCCUUGCAACAUUUGAACAAGAUGUUGAUGCUAUUCUGUCCAUAAAGGAAAGCUAUAGAAUUCAAAGAAAUUGGGUGGGUGAUCCAUGUGAGCCAAAGAACUAUUCUUGGGAAGGCUUAAAAUGCAACUAUAGCACCUCACUUCCUCCCCGAAUUAUAUCUCUGAAUAUGAGCUCUAGCAGUUUGAGUGGAAUAAUAACUUCUGCCAUUUCCAAUCUCUCCUCGUUGGAAUCUUUGGACUUACAUAACAAUAGCUUAACUGGAACAAUGCCUCAGUUUUUGGAAGAAUUGAAAUCCCUUAAAUAUUUGGAUUUAAAGGACAAUCAAUUUUCAGGUUCUGUUCCUACCAUUCUUGUAGAAAGAUCAAGGGAUGGAUUACUCACGUUGAGAGUGGAUGAUCAAAAUCUCGGUGACUCAGGAGGGAACAAUAAAACCAAGGAAAUUGUCAUUCCCAUAGUGGUAUCAGUAUCAGUUUUAGUUAUAGUGGUUGCUUUCAUUCUCUUUUGGAAACUUAGAAGAAAUGAACGAUCAGACGAGGAGAUUAGUACGCUCAGCAAAGGAGGAACAACUGUAACAACGAAGAACUGGCAAUACUCGUAUUCGGAGGUCUUGGACAUCACCAACAACUUUGAAAUGGCAAUUGGUAAGGGAGGAUUUGGAACUGUGUACUGUGGGAAGAUGAAAGAUGGCAAACAAGUUGCAGUCAAGAUGCUUUCUCCAUCAUCAUCUCAAGGGCCAAAGGAAUUUCAGACUGAGGCUGAGCUUUUGAUGACAGUUCAUCACAAAAAUUUGGUAUCCUUCGUUGGUUACUGUGAUAAUGAUAACAAGAUGGCACUCAUAUACGAGUACAUGGCCAAUGGCAGCGUGAAAGAUUUUAUCUUGCUCUCAGAUGGAAAUUCACAUUGCUUGAGUUGGAAAAGGAGAAUACAGAUAGCAAUCGAUGCUGCAGAGGGGUUGGAUUAUCUACACCAUGGAUGCAAGCCACCUAUUAUACACAGGGAUGUAAAGUCAGCCAACAUUCUUUUAAGUGAAGACUUAGAAGCCAAGAUAGCAGAUUUUGGCCUCUCCAGGGAGUUUAGGACAGAUAACCAAGAUCAACAAUCUCAAGUGAUUCACAGUGAUGCUACAAAUGAAAAAUCUGCAGUAAUGGGCACAACAGGGUACCUUGACCCAGAGUACUACAAGUUAGGGACACUGAAUGAGAAAAGUGACAUCUACAGUUUUGGAAUUGUUCUACUGGAAUUACUCACAGGUCGCCCUGCAAUAUUAAAAGGCAACGGAAUAAUGCACAUACUUGAGUGGAUAAGACCUGAGCUUGAAAGACAAGAUUUGAGUAAAAUUAUAGAUCCAAGGCUACAAGGAAAAUUUGAUGCUAGUUCUGGCUGGAAAGCUUUAGGAAUAGCAAUGGCAUGCUCUACAUCAACCUCCACUCAGAGACCUACAAUGAGUGUUGUGAUAGCUGAGCUGAAACAGUGCCUGAAAUUGGAAUCCCCUAGUGAUACUUCUGAAAAAUUUGUGGCCCCUCCAAAACAAGUCUACGGCGAAUUUUAUAGUUCAUCUGAAGCAUUUUCCUAUGAUAGUCAAUCUAUGACCUAUCCUUUCCCAAGAUAGUGCAAGUAUAUACAUGAUUCCACCAUCGACAAGUAUUUAAUUGAAGUGUAAAUUAUUUUGAAACCAUAACUUGGUUACUACAAAAUGGCACUCUUUUGUCUUAUAUGGUGUAAAAAAAAAAACAUUUAUUUUGUCUUAUUCAACUUGUUUUCACAUAAAGAACUAUUGUCACCAAUGGGGAUUGGUCUAUUAGAAUGGGUUAGUUUCUAUCAA